AUGCAGAUCAAAAUCACCGGUGGGGUUGAAAACACGGAUUAUUAUUCUGUAGAGAGUGACACGGAAGUGAUUGAUUUGGAACAGGAUUUAAAAGAAAUUGAUGACCUUUCUCAGGACGAAAUAGAAAUUCGAAACGAAUUACUCAAAAUCUUGGUUGCACGCAAAGAAAAAGACACAGAAUCCGGAAAAAACUUUAUGACAUCAAUACAUCUUAACGGUAUUAUAGAUUUAUCAGACGAUGAGACGCACAAACAGAUUAAAAAGUCCUUUGAUAAGGAUCAAGUUACUUGGCUUGAAGAAGUACUUCGGAAAAAAACUUGGAAUCUGACCCCCGAAUUUACACAAUACAUUAAUCAAUUUACCGAGGAUGCAUGUACCCGAGCUGAGGUUCCAUCUAUUGUUCGCAAGUCCUAUGUUCCCGGAAGAUUUGAUCCCUCUUACUAUGAAGCACACGAUAUCGCCCAGCAGAUAUUAACACAUUUGUAA